AUGCUGCUGAGUGCUGAAGCUGGAGGUGCUGGAGUCCGUGAGCUGGAGUGUCCAUCGCGGGCAGAAGGCAUUUGGUUGCUGGUUGUUUGCCUUUCUUAUGGUUGGGAAUGGAAGAUCCUGAAAUUCCCAGAGGACAUGAAGAUUGCAUAUAUGCAGCAAGAGGCGGACUUGGACAACUCCAGGACUGCCUUCGAGGAGCUUUGUGCAGCCUUCAAUAUGCGACGCCUGGCCGACAUUGACGCAGACAUUGAGGCUUGCGCAUCGGCGGAGGAUUAUUCAGAUGAAGAGAUGGCAAAGUACAUCGAAGAGCGGACCGACACAGAAGAAGGCCUUGAAAAAGCCGAAACCAUGGUGUAUUCGGUGGCUUUAGAGAGGUUAUGGGAAGGUUCAGUUCAUUGGUCCCGCAAGGAUGCUUUUCGAGACACCUUAGUGCCGGAGCUAUCUGGCGGAUGGCAGAUGAGGGUUGCACUUGGAAAGAUCAUUCUGUCCAAACCUGACAUUAUUUUGCUAGACGAGCCCACCAAUCACGUUGACCUGGAGACGGUGGAGUUCAUGGAAGAUUUGCUGCAAAAGCAAGAUGCUGCGAUGGUCGUUGUUUCCCAUGAUAGAUACUUUUUGAACCAGGUGUGCAAUCGGAUUGUAGAAAUGUCUGACGGCACUUGCAAGACCUACUUGGGCAACUAUGUCGCAUACCUACAGGCUCGCGACGACGCUUUUGCCCUUGAGUGGAAGAGAUACAAUUUGCACAGGGACCGGGUGAAGGUGCAAAGCGCUGAGAACUCAUCCACACCUAUUGAGUUUGAGAAUGUUCCUCCCAAGAUGGGAGAUGAUGGGAGCAGAGAAAGGUUCAGAAUUUGGGAGUUCGAUUCGCUGACCACGCAUUUGGGCUGCAUUGACUCCAUGGGUGCGAGUAGAGUUGUAUUGGAAAAGAUCAGCUUCUUGCUGAGACAAGGGGAGAAAGUGGCCAUUGUAGGCCGAAAUGGCUGUGGGAAGAGCACACUGGUGCGCGCUCUCGUAAAAGACUUGGACACCAGCGCGGCAGUGGACGGUGAUGCGGCAAUUACAUCAGCUGGGGCUGCGUAUUUCCCCCAGCGACUGGCAGAGGCAUUUAAUUCAGAUGACGGGACUGUGAAGGAUGCCCUAUAUAUGUCAUGCAAACCGGAUGACAUUAACAGGGCUGGUGGCAUUGAUGCUGUUUUGGAUCGCUUGCGUCUAGAUGGCGUAACGCAAGAGCAGCCGGUUUCAAGCCUCAGCGGCGGUGAGAAGGCUCGUGUUGCCUUUGCCCAGUUCUUGCUGAAUCCUGUUGCAUUGCUGGUCCUCGACGAGCCAACAAAUCACCUGGACAUCCCAACACGGGAACUCCUGGAAGAUGCGCUGAAAGCCUUUCGAGGAGCUGCUUUGGUGGUGAGUCAUGAUCGGUUCUUUCUGCGGGAGUUUGCUACACGUGUCCUUGAGAUUUCGGAUGGCAUGCUCAAAGACUAUGACAGUUGGGAUGCAUACGAGGCAGCGGCCCCACCACAAUGGAAGAGUGCACAGGAUGCUGAGGACCGGCUACGAUCACUGAUAGGGGCAAACGCUGAAACACUGGCCACUUGUUCCGGGUUUGCCAGCCAGACCGCUACAUCCAUGUUCAAUAUACAUCAAUAUACACUAUGUUCAGUCAUGCUCUACAAUUCUGCCUUAUCAAAUGAGAUCCCCGUUGAAGCAGGUUAG